AUGCAGAUCACCCGUACCUUUGAUGUCGGUCUGCGGUUCAGGGGUGCUGACGGGCUGAUUUUUCAGCCAGUGGAGUUGCCGGAGGUCAUCCCAGUUGUUAUUGAGGUGAGGCCUGGGAUCUUAGCCCCUCCUGAUGUUCAGCAGGCCGCUCGGCGGGCUCAGCGACAGGCUCUGGGCAUCGAUGAGCCUGAGGAUCAGCCUGAGGGUCAGGCUCAGCCUCAGCCUCAGCCUCAGCCUCAGGCUCAGGAUGAUCCGGCGCAGGAGGACCGGGUCGAGGAGGUCCACGUACCACCAGUUGAGCCAGCUCCUGAGCCUCCACAGUACCCGCAGCACGUUUACGCUGACCUACCUCCGGUAGCGCGUGAGGUGGCUCGGGACUUCGACCGGCGCCUCAGACGUCAGGGCGCUCUCAUUGACUGGAUGGUCCAGACGCUCGUUGAGCUACGAGAGCUCGCUGCGUUGCCUCCACGAUUACAAGCAAACAUGCCACCAAGAGUGAGAGGCCGAGGAGGCCGAGGAAAAGCUCCAAUUGUUACUAGGAACGACCACAAAGCCGGACCAUCUCACCGGCGUACACCAUCAGCAUCAUUCGGAUCAAGUCCUCACGAAGACUGGAGGACAUAUCUUGAACCUGCGAGACGCUCUGUCUCGCUCAUCUUCUCUCCAUCCUAUCACCAUUCCUUUGGCCCGCAGCAGGAGGACGAACCCAAUGACUCUCACCACUCUUACAUUCCUCUGCAACGAUCGAAUUCACACCAUUCUUCCAGAACCCGACACCUUACUUUCAGAGCCGGUUCUACCCGAUGA